CGAUACUGAAUAUACAGUUCUAGGAACUACUGUGACGUCACGCUGUUUGUGCUUUCACCAUGGCGCGCUGAGUCCGCCCUUGUCCUUCUCCUUCACUGUCACCCUUUCUUCUAACUUUCGGCGAAAUAUAUGGACCUAAAUUCUUCCACAGUGCCACUAUCUCCACCCUUCCUCUGAGGAAGUGAACCUAACGUUUCCUUAUAAACAUGACACUGGAGGAAAAUCGCCAACAGAUCAUACAACAGAUCAUGGAUACCUUAGAAGCGCGCGUUGAAUGUGAUCAGCUUGUCAACAAACUUGCUGACGCCAAAAUCAUAUCUACUUCUGACGUCACUAAAAUCACGGACACAGAGGAGAAGGACAGGGUAAAAACUCUUGUAGACGUGAUAAUGGAAAAGGACGACGAAAACCUGCACCCCCUAGCUUUGAAAAUAUUGGAAUCGCAAACACUCCCAGACCCGGAAAGCACCAGGAACACAAAACAAGCCUUAGAGCGAGCGGUGCAGGAUGCAGGUGUAGACCCUACUUCAGCACCUACACGACCUGCCAAGGAAAGGAGAAUCCUCAAGCACAGUGAUUUGUCUGAUGAUUGGGAAGUGAAGAACUUUUUGGUUGAACUCUCAGAGGGAAUUGGCGAAGACGAAAUGAAGAAAAUGAAGUACAUAAUGCGUGGCGAAAAUGGCUUCGGUGAUGCAGUGAUUGAAAAAAUCACUGACCCAUUGAAGUUCUUUGAAAUAUUGAGAAAAACCAGACGAAUCGAUGCAUACAAUCUUCAUUUCCUGCAAGCUUUGAUAUGGCGCACCAAAAGACGAGACCUCACCGAAAAGAUUCGUCAGUUUUGUCUGGAAUGUGAUAAGAAACCAAUCCAUUUUAUUCUUCCAGCCGAACAACCAGAAAACGGAUACAAGUAUAUCAAGUUCCAUGUAGAGGGCGACAUAGAUGAACUCACACAUGCAGACAAGGAACACCUGAGGGCUGACGUUGCACGCAUCCUCUGCGUACCAAUCACUACUGUCUUCAUCAGGGGUCUUGAACCAGCGAAAAGUCUCCUGUUUACGUUCAUGGUUCCCAAGGAGGAUGUCAACAGCUUCAUUCAUAUCUACAUGUGCCAGGAGGUCUCGUUUGUCCAUUUAUCUGUCCAUGUCGAGAUACACGAUGCAGAAUUGUCCCUAUCAGAAAUUGCACCCACAACAGAACAUGAACACAAACCCAUGUAUCGUGAAUUGAAGCACAUGUUGGAGCGAGAACAGAGUCUCAAAACACACCUUGCAGACAGAGAUGAACAGUUGAUUGAUCUUCAGGACAAGCUUGAUAGAAAGGAAGAAGACUCAACUGUGGACCAGAUUCUACGAAAUGGCGGAGAGUUAAACGCACAGCAACUUAAUCAAAAGUACAGGGACUUGUUUCACAGAGCGAUGUCCGUGAUGAAGACGAUGAAGCCAAGGGAAGAUGUGCCUGACAGCAAUGGUAAGUUUGGGUCAUUGAAACUGUCCAGCGCAUCAGCUCUGUAUAGAAGACUUCUGUCACAAGUCAGGGAACGUUGUUCAUCUUUGGAUAUAGACUUACUGAACAAACUGCUAGAUGCAAAGACUACACUUGAAGCCACGUUACACGAGGAGAGACUGAGGAGAAUGCAGGACAUUAUCAUGAUGCUGUCAGAACAGGUGGAGGAACAGGCAGAAAUGAAUACAAAUUUGCAGGCUUUCAGUAACAUAGCUGGUGCAUCGUCACCUUUCCUACAGGACAUCUUGGCAAUUCAGGAACAGACAAGCAACCUCGCCAUCAAACAAGACCAGCAGGGGAAGACGCACAAGCUGGAAAUAAUAGGAAUGCAAGUGGUCAAUAUGAUCCAUCCAGCACCCCAGCAGAUUUUGCUUCAUCCUUAUGCAUCCAUUCUGAUGACAAUGUCCAAAGAACUAUCCAACGAGGAGAGACAAAAACUGAAGACGUUUCUGUGUUUUUCUGAGGUUGAAGAGGAACUGCUGAAAAAGUAUCCAGACAGGUUUCUUGAACAUGCAUUGUUAAGAGAACUUCUCAAGGGCAGACAAGAAGAUCCCAUGGAGAUUGUAGGGGAGAUUUUGGCAAAGAUUGGAAAGAGAGGUUUGGUACAGCAGUACUUGGAUCCUGAAUAACGACCCCACUUGACUUAGAAGCCAUUGAUGGAAAAUCAAGGUGAUGAAGUAAGAACAGUUCUUUUUAUUGCGUGAUCAAGAGGAGGUGACAUAUGUCCAUAUUGUGGAUGCUGUUGGUAAAAUGAGAACGUUUCAAUAUGAUUAAUAUCUGCCUUACAACACAUUCACUAUCAGAGAUUAUAUGGUUAAUGUGUGCAGUGAAUGGCCUAGGACUACAAAUCAACGACCAAUCAGAUAGAGCAAUGUAGUUACCUAGGAUUGGUGUAACGUGUUUCCCUUUGUUAGAGCAGUGUUAUUACAGUACAUUAUUCCUCUGCAUGUUGAUUAUAUAUUAAAUGUGUAUGGAAUCUCGAACGUGAGUGUUUUCCCACUGCCUUUGUUCAGGAAAAAAAUGACAGGGAUAAAAACACCUUUGCACAUACAAUUUGCAUUACUG